UCCUCACAUUCUUCGGAUUUUCAGGUUAUACAGAGUCUACUAUAAACUAGGGUUGAAAAUCAAGUUCAUGAAGUUUAGUUUGGCAAAAUUUAAAACAGUAUGGGUUCACAAUGCAAAAGUUUUUCUGUCAAGAUUCUUCAUCUGCUGUGUGCAGAUUUUGAUUUUCAAGAAAACCCAGAAAUGAUUUUGGGUUGUUCAAAUUCAUUGAAACCUUUUCUUCUGUGUUUUAACUUUUUGAGAUUCCUGGGGAAUCUUUUGGGAUUUGGAAUUUGAUUUUCUGUGACAGAUUGGAAUUUGUUUGGUUCUAGGCUUUGAAGAAAUCGUGGGAUGUUUCUGUCCAUUUCAUUAAAGAUAAAAGGACCUAUGCUUAGCUUUUUCCAUGCCUUGUUCACUUUUUCGUUUCCUAGCUUAGCUGGAAUUCACAGUUUGAAAAAGUGCAAAAAAUUAUAUUCAAUUUUUGUUUUGAAGUAUGAGUGUCUGUGUCUCAAAGUACUUGCCCAUUUUCUCAAACCAAAGUUUGAAUCAUUAAAAUAGCAUAUAGAAACCAUCCGGCCCUUGCCUUUUAGAAGUGCAUUAUAGGGUUAUCCUUUUGGGCAUUUGUGUUCUCUGAAUUCCAAUAGGCUUGUCAUGCAUGAAUAAUGAUACAUAAAAUUUCUUUGUUUGAUCUUCUCACAGACCCUUCUUCAUUCCAUUCACUGGUACGUUCACUCAUCCGACAAAACUGUCUUAUCUUUUUUUUUUGUUAAGGAUGCUUAGCUCUCUUGCCACAUGUAAUUUCUGUUUUGAUGCUUACAUCUUAUUCUAAGGGCGGUUUAGCGCAAACAAUAAGGCUUGUCGUUAGCGUGUCUAGUGCUAUAGGUUCUAGCGUGGGUUAAAGUCAUGAAAAGAGUUUGGCGUGGGUUCAAGUCACAAAAACCUCCCUUAAAAAUGGAGGUAAGAGUACGUACUUCUUUGCCUCUCUAGAUCCCGUUUUAGCAAGAGUCUUGUGUAUUGAGUUGGCCUUUUUACGAAUAUAUGUUUGUCAUCCACAAUGUAUACUUCUUGUCACUGAUUAUGGGUUAAUUUUUUUAUUUUUCUUAAUUUAAUUGCCACUAGUUGUGUGAACUUUAUUGAAUUCUGGGUUUCUUAUUUGCACACUAUUUCAGAGGCUGUGUAGGUGCAUUUCAGAAUUGAAUCCAAUCCCGGCUCUUCCAGAGAAACUGAAAGUGUUUGUAGCUAUAUGGUUGUUAAGGGCUUCAAAAGAGUAAUGCUUGUUGACAAUGCUAUUGUUCUGGUGGCGACAUCUUCCCCUGCUUAUACUGAUUCAAUUUUUGGAACCCUUUAGGCUGACCCACAAACUACAAGCCGAAGCUUUACUUGCUUUCAAGAGCACAGUUGGCAAUUCUCUGCACUUGGCUGGUAGAAUCAGGAGAUAUCCCUGUGUGGGACAACGGGAAUGCAUUUAUCAUCACAAACGGAAAGACCUGGGCGUUGUUUCUUGGUUUCCCAGAUUCUAUCCACUUUCUCCACAUAUCAGAAAAAUUAAUUUAUCUCCUUCUGAACCAUCUUUGUCUCUCCUACAUUCUUCGUCUCAAUUAGAAGUAAAGUUCUAUAGAUCGAGGAAAACAAUAAUAGCAGAGACAGUUGGAGGGGAUAGUGGUGUUCCAACGCUCACACCUUUGCAAGCAGGAAAUGUUGAGAAACCAAGUAAACAGAAGGUAGCUGCAAUUGUAGGUGGAGUUGGUGCAGCUUUGCUUGUGGUCAUCACUGGAGUGAUUGUCUACUUCUGUUUGAUGCGUCUCAAAAGCCUUAUAAGGGGAGCAUCUGAUACAGCAUCUUCCGUGCCAUCGCCUCCUGUUGCAUGGGAAAUGGAAAAUAUUCCCCCCAGUGCUGGUGCUGUCUCUCCCUAUGAUACAUGUAAUCUAAGGCAGUUAUCAAUUCUGGAGCUUGAGCAUGCUACGGGCAACUUCAACCAAAUUAAUAUUAUAGGUGAAGGUUCAUUUGGUUUAGUUUACAAAGGAUUACUAGAUGAUGGAUCAGUUGUGGCUAUCAAGAGACACCUGCACUACCCUGUUCAAUAUUUUUUGAAUGAGGUGAAGCGCAUAGCUCGUGUUCACCAUAAGCAUCUGGUCAAGCUUAUUGGUUAUUGUGAAGAAGACCAUCAACAGUUUCUUGUCUAUGAUUAUCUUCCCAAUGGAAAUGUUGGGAAUCAUUUAUAUGAUAGUGAAGGUUUACCUAUUGGAAAGCUUGAGAUGCGGCAAAGGCUAUUAAUUGCUUUGGGUGCAGCAAAAGGACUCGAGUAUCUUCACUCUUUGACACCUUCUAUCCUACACAUGCAUUUCAGAACAAGAAAUGUCCUCGUGGAUGAAAAUUUUACUGUGAAAGUUUCUGAUUUUGGACUCUCAAAAUUGCUUGAGGGUUAUCAUGCUGAAUCAUCUUCAGCAUUUGACUUCUUUCAUGACCCAGAGUUAAGAUUGUCAAAGGAUUUUUCAGACAGAAGCGAUGUGUACAGUUUUGGGGUCUUCUUGCUUGAAUUGAUCAGUGGACGUUACGCACUUGGUAGAAAUCAAUCAAACAUGCAAGAAAACCUGGUAUUGCAGGCUAAGGGUAUUCAUGAUCUCAACGAUUUUGUGGACAAGACAGUAAGAGACCACACAAUGCACGCAGUGAAACAAACGAUGGACCUAGCGUUGCUUUGCAUAGAUAUGAGUAUAAGAAGACCUGCAAUGAAGAGUGUCGUUGAAGAGCUAGAGCGGAUUCAAGUGAGCGAUUUUGGUAAUUUGCAUUCUGGUAUGGGCGAAGAUAUUGGCAUUGUUACUCUAGGUAGUGAGCUCUUCAAAUAAUCCCCUGGUACAGGACUCAAUCUCCCCUCUCACAAAUCCUUGUAUCAUUUUUUUUUCCUUAUUGAAUUCAUUAUUUGUAAUUACAGAAAUUGCAAAAGUGAUCCCAUUGUGAAAUAAUUUUCUAUCGGCAAAUAAAUUAAUGAAGCAUUUGCGGUUUUAAAGCUUA